AUGUCAGUUCUACGUUUCAGCUCUCCAAAGGCUGCGCUGACAAAUAAUUCUUGUUCUUGGAAAUUUCAUGAAUAUAUUCCAAGUGCUUGGGAAACAUAUUGGUUUUCUAAUAUUGACAAAUUUCAAUAUGAAGUUUGUUCUAUUCUUGCACGUUCUGAUCAAGUUAAUAUAACUAUUGAUGUUCUUCUUCGUAUUAUAUCAUUCCAAAAAGAAAUAUUUGAUACAAAUAGUCAACGAAUGUCUAUUGAUAAUCAAUUUUCAAAGAUGCAUUAUCGUGGAAUAUGUUCAAAUAAAGAAUAUAAUGCUAGUCAAUUAAUUGAACCAUUAGUUGGUCUUAUUCGUGAUCCGUUAACAAUGUGUCCUCAUAUUCCUUCUGUUUCAUCGAAUCUUUAUCUUCAUGGUGAAUUUGCUCUUCAAUCAAAACGUUUCCUUCUUCUUGCACCUUCAUCAUCAUUUCAGAUCGAUCCAUCUUUAACAAUAAAUAUUGCUUCACUGGCACCAUGGCUUUAUACAUCUGGUUCACAAAAAAUUCUUAUUGAUAUUGGAAGUUCAUAUUUUAAAAGUCGAAAUGAAAAUACAGCUGAAAUUGGUACAAAAUGGUUUUAUGAUUAUUUUAAAGAAAAAUCAAUUCGAUUUAAUCGUAUUAUUGCUUAUGAAUAUGAAAAAUUAGAAACUCGUCGUGUUUGGGAUGAACUUCCUGAUGAUGUUUAUUCAAUUUAUACAUUUAUUAAUGUUGGUGUUGAAGUAGAAAUGGAAAAAUUUAAUCCUUGGAAAAUGCUUGAAGCUAUAGCUAAACCUGAUGAUUAUGUUGUAAUCAAACUCGAUAUUGAUAAACCACCAUUAGAAAGUGCAUUAAUGAAACAAUUAUUAGGUAAAAAGAAUCCAGCAAAAUAUUUAAUAGAUGAAUUAUUUUUUGAAAAACAUAUUUCUGAUAAUCGUAAAUCUAAAGAAGAUAAACUAAAAGAUUCGUAUGAAUUAUUUACAAAAUUACGGCAGUAUGGUAUUCGAAUGCAUGGAUGA